AUGCCUCGCUGUGUCCAAGACGCUUAUACGGCCUUGGCCGCUUAUCUCGCGCGCACUCCUGAGAACUCAGACCUCUGCUUCCAGAUCAUCCGAGAGCGAGCGGAAGAACUUGUCGAGCAAGGCCAGCGCAUGAUGCCCGCGCCUACGUCAGAGACAGGCUCAUCGGAACCGACGGGCGGAUCCAUGCCCCUAGAUCCCUUUGAUCACCUAGCCCGCGUGCACGCGCUAUUUGUUUAUCAGAUGAUUGGCCUCUUCGACGGCGAUAUCGUGCUGCGGGUCGAUGCGGAAAGACACAUAUCGACACUUACGUCCUGGGUAGCAGAGAUGUGGGAUAGCGCAGAGCUGGAUGCUAGCCUGUACUCGACGAUGCUCGCUCUCGAACAGGAAGUGGGCGGCAGCGAGGACACGCCAACUUCCGCCCCGGCAGACGAGAGAGCAGCCUGGCGACGCUGGAUAUUGUCGGAGAGCAUCCGUCGCGCCUGGCUCGUAGUAACUAUGACGCAGUCUAUAUAUCAGUUAUUCAAGACAGGAUGGUCGCAGUGCUCCGGUAGCGUGAACUGGACGCCCCGCGCUGGCAUCUGGGAUGCCCCUGACCAGUACAGCUGGUGUAAACUAGUUAGGAGCGGUUCGGGACCUUUGUUCAUCCCCAGCCUGCGCGCCGACGUGUUAUAUAAGGAGGCUUCUCCUUCGGAAGUCGACGAGUUUGGGCACGCCGUAUUAAUCGCCGAGUUUGGAUCGGAAAGUAUGACGAAAUGGAAGGCCCACGCCGAAUAG